AUGGCUGCUGGAGCGGCGCCGUCAAGAGCACUGUAUAUGCCCAGCUUUUCUUUGCAUGGGGAUGGUGCGAUGUGCUGCAUGUCAGACCUGCUGCUGUACCGCCGCCCGGUGCGCGUGUACGGGCCGACGAUGGCUCGCCGGCCGUCCAGUCGCGGCCCGAUCGACACCUACCUGGACACGCUGGGCCUGUACCGGCUCAAGGUGCCGCCGCAGGAGCCGCUCUUCCGCAUCGUGGCCGAACAGCUGUGUUUUACGCAAACGGAGUAUCCCAAGUUUAAGCGGAUGACGUGUCAGCGACUUCUGUUGAAGCAGGAAGAGUAUGCUCAGUACACGUCGGAGCCGAUGUCGGAGCACGUGGUGAAGCUGCAGGAGGGCCGCCUGACGGCCGGCCUGGUCGAGAUGAUGGCGCUGGCUGACAUCACCAGGUACGACUUCUGGGUGUACAAGGACAUCGACCAGCCGCCGACCAAUGUGACCAACCGCGGCUUCAGCCGGUGGAUCCAGGUGGCCGGCGGAGAUUCGAGCCACUACGAUCUGGUCAUCAGCAAACAGGAGGCCACCGACCGAGCCAUGGGGCAGUCGAUGCUGUACCACACGCUGUACACAUCGGUGUACAAUCUCCAAAACGUGGAGCACGCGGUGGACAAGAUGCUGUACGACAAGGAGUACGCCCGCACGCGCAAGGAGAGCCUGUGCAGCCAGGAUGGCACGCUUGCCGCCAUGAUCGGCAAGAUGGCCGACUCGCCGGAGCACGAGAGCUCGAGCGGGAGCGCUGGCCUGUACGCCACCUCCGACGAGGAGCCCUGUGACGUGAUGGACAUCCUCGACCGCAACAUGGUGCCGUUCCCGUACAAGACGGCCAAGGCGCUGGACGGCACGCACUACCGCAACCUGCCGCAGGACGUCUGGACGGAGCUCGUCAAAGAGCGGCGGCGCGAGCAGCAGCGGCCCGACUGUAACGGCUUCCUGGCGGGCAUCAAGUGCCUGGUGGAGCUGGGGCCGGUGCUGGGCGCCGCCGAGCUGUCGCAGCUGGAGUCGGAGGCGCGGCCCGAGCACCGCCACCUCUCCGAGACGGGCUCCAACCUGUACGUGGCGCACAUCCAGGAGAUGGCGCCCAACCAGGGGCCCGUCUGCUGCUACGUCGAGCCGCUCGGCAAAAAGCUGACCGUGCCGUACGACAGUCUGCGGCCGCUCUGUUCCACACCGGUGCCGUGCCCGGUGUCACCGUCGCCGGCGGGAGCGCGCGCCAGAACUCCCGGCCGCCGCCGUUCCCGGCACAGCACGUCCGAGCGCUCCUCGUGCGGCGAGCGUCACCUCUCGCACACCGACUCUUCGUGCAGCACACCCCAGGACAUGUGCUGGUCGACACCGAGUUACAUGAUGAGCGAGCCGCCGGCCGGCAUCAUGUCGCCGGUGGCGCUGGCGCCGGCCCACUGCGAGCCCUCACUCGCCCAGUCCCCGCUCGUCCAGAUGGGCUCGCCCACCGCCGCUCAGCCUUACGGCAUGCACCUUGUGGGCUCGCCCAUCUUCUCACAGCAGCAGCAGCAGCCGCAGCAGCCGCAGCAGCCGCAGCAGUACUAUGCCGGCUACGCCAUGCCCGGUCCUUACGAGCAACAGCAGCAGCAACACCACCAGCAGCAGCACCAGCAGCAGCAGCGGAUGGGGCGCGGCGCGCCGACCUGCCCGACCGCCAUGUACCCGCUGGAGGUGAUGCCGCCGGCGCCGGUGUUCGCCGUGGCCGAGUCGCCGGACCCCGGUGGCUUCUACAGCCCCGGCUCGGCCGAGGAGUCCGGCUACCGCUCCCGCAACGCCUCUCACUCGUCCAACAACUCCGGGGACGGCUCGGUCGGCGACGUCAACUCGCCGCACGUCCGCAACGGGGCGCCGCGCCGUGGCCGUCCCGCCGCCUACUACCUGGCGCCGCCGGCCGGGCCGCCGCCGCCGAGCGCCGGCUAUUUCUACCUGCCGCCGCAGUACCCGUACCCGGGCUCCGGCCAGUAG